AAAGCUGCUAGGAUGGAUAAAAUAAAAUAAAACGGCACUAAUGUACUAUAUUUUUUAUCGGAAUCAUCUGAAUCUCAUCUUGAGAGAUAGAUUAAUUAGGAUACUGUAUUCUACAGUAACAGGGCUAUUUUGAGUCUGAACACGAAACAAUGUUUCGACUGACGUUUCUGUGGAUUCUGUGGCUACUACUCACCAAUAUGUGUCGGAGUUUUGUGCAUGACCGACUGAAACGCUCAGGGGCUGACACCGCUGCAAGAGCAGACCUGCAUUCUACAUCUCAUUAUGUGCCAACUUCUAGCUCCUGCAGAAACAGGUGUUUUGAGCUUGGUGAGAUGGAACCACCAAAUUGUCGUUGUGACAAUCUAUGUAAGACCUACAAUAGCUGUUGCUCUGACUUUGACCGUCUCUGCCUCAGGACAGAUGGUGGCUAUGAGUGCAGUAAAGAUCGUUGUGGGGAGAUCCGGAAUGAAAACCAUUCCUGCCACUGCUCAAAUGACUGUCUAGCCCGGGGAGACUGCUGCACCAACUACAGGAGACGCUGCAAAGGAGACAGUCCAUGGCUCCAGGAUGAAUGUGAAGAUAUGAAGACCGCUGAAUGUCCUCCAGGAUUUGUGCGCUCACCACUCAUAAUUCUUUCAGUGGAUGGUUUCCGAGCUUCUUACAUGAAGAGAGGGAAUACUGUCAUACCUAACAUUGAGAAACUGAGAGCAUGUGGAACCCAUGCACCAUUUAUGCGACCUGUGUAUCCCACCAAAACUUUCCCCAACCUCUACUCACUUGCGACGGGUCUCUAUCCAGAGUCUCACGGUAUUGUUGGUAACUCCAUGUAUGACCCGGUCUUUGAUGCCACGUUCACCCUGAGAAGCCGAGAGAAACUGAAUCACCGGUGGUGGGGAGGACAACCAAUCUGGAUCACAGCUCUCAAACAAGGAGUCAAGGCAUCGUCCUUCUUCUGGCCCGUCACUAUCCCACUGGAACGGCGGAUACUGACCAUGUUGCAAUGGCUCCAACUCCCUGAAGUAGAGAGACCCUACGUUUAUGCAAUGCACUUUGAGCAGCCGGACAUAUACGGACAUAAAAUGGGACCCAUGAGCAUCGAAUUGAAUAAUCCUCUUCGGUUGAUUGAUAGGAUCGUAGGUCAACUCAUGAAUGGACUUAAGCAGCUGAAAUUGCACCGAUGCGUCAACGUCAUCAUAGUUGGAGAUCACGGUAUGGAAGAGGCCCAUUGUGGUCAAACGGAGUUCCUCAGUAAUUACUUGACAAAUGUGGAUGACAUCAUUCUUAUUCCGGGAUCCUUAGGCAGAAUACGCCCCAGAUUCUUCAACAACCCAAAAUAUAACCCUAAGGCGAUUGUUGCAAACCUAACUUGUAAGAAACCAGACCAGCAUUUUAGGCCUUAUUUAAAGCAGAAUCUACCAAAGAGACUCCACUACGCCAAUAACCGACGGAUUGAGGAUGUGCAUCUACUGGUGGACAGGAAAUGGCACAUUGCCAGGAAAGCACCUGAAGUGAAGAGGCUUUGUGGCUUUUUUGGUGACCAUGGUUAUGAUAACAAAAUUAACAGUAUGCAGACAAUUUUCUUGGGAUAUGGGCCUUCCUUUAAAUUUAAGACUAAAGUUCCAGUAUUUGAAAGCAUUGAGCUUUAUAAUCUUAUGUGUGAUCUUCUAGGUCUAACCCCAGCACCCAAUAACGGAACACAUGGCAGUUUAAACCACCUACUGAAAAACCCUUUCUACAAACCUACAAUGCCAGAAGAAGUUUCGAAGCCAACCACUUCGGUUCAAGUUCACACAGGAACAGACGAUCUAGGCUGCAACUGCAAUUACAAGUUUCAAGUAAAACGACGGGACCAAAGAGGUUUGAAAGUGACCAUUGCACGAAGCUAUAAUCUGGAAUCACUCUGGCUCUGUUUCUUACACAACCAAGUAGAGGAGCUAAACCAGCGACUGAAGCAAGCUAUUGAUGACAACAGGAAUAUGCCAUACGGUCGACCUGCAGUACGAUACUAUACAAAGUAUUUCCUUCUGCACCACACUGACUAUGUCUGUGGUUACAACGAGGAUCUUGCGAUGCCUCUCUGGACAUCAUACAGCAUUAGCCGACAGGUAGAAGUGUCUGCUCUGCCAGAAGUCCUGAUAAAUUGUUUUCGACCCGAUACUCGAGUUCCAUCAGCCUUUACCCAGUCCUGUAUGAAGUACAAGGCAGAAAAACAUCUCACUUAUGCCUUCCUAUACCCACCACAACUGUCCACUGGCAUUGACAAAAAAUAUGAAGCUGUUUUCAUAACCAACACUAUUCCUAUGUAUCCCGCAUUCAAGAAAAUAUGGUCUUAUUUUCAGAGGGUCCUUUUGAAGAAGUAUUCCACUGAAAGAAAUGGUUUGAAUGUUCUCACUGGACCGAUAUUUGAUCAUGACUUUGACGGUGUAAAGGACUCAACUGACAAGAUUAAAGAGUAUGCACGUGGUACAAUACCCAUCCCAACUCACUUUUUUGUGGUUCUAACCAGCUGCUUAGACUUCAGACAGGCUGCAGAUUCAUGCAGUGGCCCCCUCAGCACUGUUGCCUUCAUCUUGCCACACAGACCGAGCAAUAAUGAGAUUUGCAAUAGCUCAGAUGAGGAGUCCAACUGGGUAGAGGACCUGAUGAAGAUCCACACAGCUCGGGUCAGAGAUGUUGAAAUCCUGACAGGUCUGGACUUGUACCGUAGAACCACACAAAGUUAUGCUGAAAUCCUGUCAUUGAAAACUCAUAUGCACACUUAUGAGAGUGAAAUAUAAGUUGAAUGCUCAUACUUUUGUUGGACUUGAACAUUUCAAUCACAUUGACUUAGGGGGAAGCUAUUACGAGAUAGCUCAUUGAUCUGCACACGAGCUUUGAUUCACAUUUCUUCAACACCACUAUGUUUGUCAUUAAUUGAAAAAGUCAGAUAGUAGGAAAGAAAAUUAUUUGUGAGUCUGUUUUUUUAAUGUAUAUACAUUUUGAUUGUGCUUCAUCAAAUUGAAAGAAACCUGUGAACAUCAGAAGACAUAUUCAAAAUGUUAUUUUACAUGAUUACAGGUAUUUAUUGUACAUGUAUAGUUUCUCGUAAUGUCAUGCACCUCUGGGCAAGCCCGCUGCUGCCAUUGUGAAGAUUAUUCAUUGUUUUAUUCCAGUGCUUACUGCGUGUUUGAGAAUAGAGCAUUUUUGAUGGUCAACAUCAAAAAAUGACUUACUGUGCAGUGUUGGAAUCAGUGUGAGACGAAACAGAGAACGAAAAAUGUAGUAGAUGCGUCAGAUUUUAAUCUGAACUUCAUUGAAGGUAACAUUUAACGCUUAACACACAAUGUUAGAAUGUUAGAAUACACAUGCACGCGCACAUAGUAUAUGUAGACAUAUGUGUGUGUGGGUGUGUGUCUAUAUAUAUAUAUAUAUAUGUACAUAUACGUAUAUCAUCUGAUACUGGUCUAAAACAGUUUCAAGUGAAUGGAUGUGAACCAGUCAUAGUUUCUUGGGUUACUGCAUAAAUUGAUCUUUUAAUGUGACCUUCAUCUAAAUUACAACAGUUUACACAGCCUGCUUAAAUAUCAUACAAACAACUGUUUUCAUAGGUCACACUUUUACAGAGCAGGCUCCUCCCACCAUCGUUCUCCAAGGAGACUGGGGAACACAAACCAUAUAAGCAGGGCACAGAGGGAGACAGAACGUAACCGAAUAUUCACAUUGAAAAUGUGAACCCCGGAGCUAAAUAAAAACAAAUCUGAGUAACGAGUCAACCUAUCUGAGAUCCAGUCUGAACUGAAUAAUCUUAUUCUUCAUUAUCUACUGCAAAUAAGGGACUAAAGCACUACAAAGCACUGCUAAACAGCAAACAAUAAAGACAGCAGAAAAAUAUAACAACAGUAAAUUAUUACUUCUCAGUGAUUAUUUCUAACUUCUGUAUCAUGUUUUUAUCUAAAUAUAACAAUAAUCUAUUUUCAUUUUCUAAUUUUUUCAUGGUCAAACAUAACUUUAAAUCAUUUAAAAGUCAUUAAAUUUUAAGACUCAUUGCUCUGUGUUGACAAGAAAAGGCACUCUGUGCACAGGAUGCAAAGCCACAAUUUAUUCAUGAGCAGAUGCUAUACUUAACAGAACCCUUGACUUGAUAGAUGAGAUGAACCCAGUUCUACAACACAAUUUCUCAAAUGAAUGUGUAGUAAAAGUUCUUUAAAUUGUUCAUUAAGAUCUGUGCAGCUUGCUAUCUUGCAAAAUAUGGCCACACAUCACAAACAUUAACUCCAUCAGGGAACGAUUACAUAUUUGUUGUAUGUAACUGGAUAAUCCUAACGCUUGAUUAGUUAAAUUAAGGGAAAUUUCAUGGUCUGUGACCUACUGUUACUUAUUUUCUUAAUCAGUUUUUUUCAUUUAACAACUCUAAGUGAUAUAUCAGUUUAUGUUCAAUAUGUUUUUAGGGGUACAGUUCAUGUGUGGCUGCAAGAUGUUGCUAUUUUUCAAAUAUUGCACCUUAAUUGUGCUUUCUUCAAUUAUGUAGUGCAGAGUGGCACACACACAAAAAAAAACUUGUGCUGAGGUUAUCUUUACUUUUUCGGAGAGAAAAGUGCUCACAGCCAUUACUUUUUUUGUAGUGACGUGAGGGAGGACAUUUUGUCUUGGAAGGAUUUUAGGUCAGAAGGGGUACUAAGAGCUUUAUGCCAGUCAUUUCUCAACAGAAGGCUACAAUCAUAAAACACCAACGUUGUCUCCCAUAUUGUGAUAAGGUCUCUCCUAUCCAACUAAUAAUCCCUGAGCAAUGACGGUUGUGGAUUGAUCAAAGGAAAGAGGAUUUUCAUUUACAAUAUAUUACAUGUAGUAAGUGAAAAUCACAAUAUUUUUAUUCCAAUCAGAGUCACAAACCCCAGGAGGACAAAGAAACUUCUCGCAGGCUGAGCUUGACUGUCAGUGACAAAUGCUUUGCAUUAAUUUCCUUGUUUAUUUGUCCCUUGAAGAUGUCGAAUAACCCUAUUAAAUCAGGUAGUCAGUUGACCAUUAAUCUCAAUGAAACAGUCUAGUCACUCAAAACUAAUGGGGUUUAGAAUUUGCAUGAAGCAAGUUUCUUCCAAAAAGCUUUCACCAAAAGGAUUUCAUUUCAGACAGAGGGCUUAUCAUCACACUUGUUCAGACAUGGAUUAACCGCAGUCGUUCCAAAGAACUGCUUUACUGGGCCAGAAAGUCACAAAUUUCCCUACUCUGCCUUUCACUCCAUUCAGUAGCAAUCAUCUAAUUGUGGCAGUGCCAAACAAUCAAUAUGUUAUACAAUUAUUGACUGCUAAAGAGCCCGCAAAUACAAAUUCUGCAUCGACUGUUGUCAAUACUAAAGUUGCAAAUUGUCUUCACUUUUAAAAAAUAUUGAUGCUAGGAAAUUGUAUUACCAUUUGUCUUUUUAAAAAUUUAAACAGUUUUUACUAGUCUCUAAUUUAAAAACUAUUAGUUAUCAGUUUGUUGUGUAUCCUAUGCUGUAUAUGAUAUGAGACGUUUAUAUAGUUCUUUGGGUUGACAGUCGUAAUGGCCCGCUGAUGGAAACUAUGAGAAAGAUGAGUUUGACACCCCUGAUUUAAAGUGACCCAGGUCGGAUUAAAAAACAUCAGAAUUGAACUCUUCAAAAACAGAUACAACUCUCAUUCGAGAAAAAAAAAACUGUGUUGUGCAUGGUCACAUGUACAAUUUCCUGCAAUAUAUAUAUCUGAUCACUGCCAUUUUUGAUUCCUCGGGGCAAAAAACAUGCGUGCCAGAUCUGAAAGUGCUGACACUCACCAACUAACUAGUAGGCGGAGUAGCUUUUCUAGACCACACCAAGACUCGACAGGUACAGAGUUCCAAAACGAACAGUCCAGAUAUGUGAAUUCCUCCUGCCGUUGCCAAUCCCGGUCACGAAAAGGAAAUCCAGAUUAGUAGUAUAGUGAUUGACAACUCCACCGUCAUGUUUGAAGUUUGUGAUGCUUUUAGGGAGCGUGUUAUCACAUGGAUGACUGAAGGUCCUUGACGAGCCAGCGAACCCAGCUGACAGAGCGGUAGCAAUUCUUCCAUGUCACAGCGAUCAGUAAAGCAAUUGAGGAUUUGAGAGUUAAAGUUCCACUGCACGUUUCUCCUGCCAGAAUUUUGAGGUUUAUUUAAGUUCAGCAGUAUUAUUCUGAUCAUAAACCUCUCAAGUUCAUUCUAAUCAAUUACUC